AUGGGCCUGAGCCACUCUAAGGCUCACCCAAGGGUGACCAAGGUAGCACCUUUGCAAAACAAAGAGGAAGAGACUCCCUCAGCCGGCCCUGUGGACUUUGUAUUCACUGAGAAUCCAGAAGAAAAGAGUUCAUAUUCAUUUGCAAGACUGCAGGAACGGAAUAAAGCUUUGGAAGGGCAGUUGCCACCUCUAAGAGAGACCUGGUAUGGAAGAUAUUCUGCAGGACCGAGGGCCAUGUAUUUUGACAUCCCACUGGAACAGGGAGAAACAAGUAUUAUUAAAAGGCAUCCACCUCGAAGACUUCAAAAGCUUGAACCCAUUGACCUGCCACAAGUAAUUACUUCUGAAAGGCUCCUGAGCCAGCAAGAAGUUGGGAGGACUCACAAAGCCAAGCAGGAACUGGAAAAGAAGAUGCAAACUCUAAUGUAUCCUUCUGGGAAAAGACAAUAUUUACAUAAGAUGCAAAUGCUGGAAAUGAACCGUAAAAGACAAGAGUCCCAAGUGGAAUUGAAGACAAGUCUUCACAAGGAGGCAAGAACUAAUAAGCAGAAACAGAGGGACCAUAAAGUCAAGAAAAUCCUUCAAAGCAUCCCAAGAAAUGAUGACGGUGACUUUCUAACCUUGUUGCCUGAUGAAACCUUGAACAGAAGUCCAGAAAACACACAGAAUGCAGAAUUUCUGGAACAUCAAGCAAGUAAUGACUAUUGUGCCCAGAAAAUUGGCAAAUUGGAAACAUGGCUCCGUGAACAAGAGGCUCGUGGACAGCUUCUCUGGGACAGUUCCAGCUCUGACUCAGAUGAGUUGGGGAAAGACGAGAAGAAACCACGAGCACUGGUGAGGACCAGGACAGAGAAAAUUCCACUUUUUGAUGAGUUUUUUGAUCGAGAAUAA